AUGCACAGUCGACCAGACCGACCUUUACUGGUCAAAUGUGCGUUCGACGGCUGGAACAAACGAAUAUCCUUCGCAUCUGCCAGAAAUUGCUCCUAUGACCUACUCCGUGAACGUAUCGAACAGUGCUUUUCUCUCUCCGCUACCCCCUAUGUCAUAUCAUACAGAGACGACGAUGGCGAAGUUACCGACAUCACAGCGGAGUCUGACCUAACCGAGGCGAUCCAGUACUUUCAGGCUGGCUCUGACGAUCCACCGCUGUCUUCCGCAGCGUCGAUCCUCUCCGGUCGUAGCUUCGGCAGCAAACGUAUCACUCUUCGAGUCCACAUCACAGUGGAUUACGAUGGACCAAGUUUGAGUGACACAUCCAGCCUCGCGAGCUUGGAUGAAUACAAAAGCAGGAACGAAAGCAGCAGCGAACUCAAUUGGGUCGGUGCGUCUGGAGUUGGAGGGGUUGGUGAGUUCGAAGACGAUACAGUGACUGUGAGCUCGAGGGAUAACAGUGGUCGCCUCGGGAACGGAACAACGCAUGGAGCGGAAGAUGCGCCAGUGGGGCAUGCACGCCCAGCAGAGUUGGAUUCAUUGUCCUUCUCCAUUCCGGAGGAAGGCAGAAAUGAAGGCCCGUUCUCGGACUAUUAUGUGGUCCCGGACCCAAAUAGCAUGUCGGAUGACGUUGAUACCUCCCGGGUCAAGGAAGUUCGAACUCAAGCCGAGGAUAUAUCUGAUCGACUACCGUCCCGUGCGCGUUCACCAUUCCGCGAUGCGCUUAACUUGUCGGUUCAAGACAGAGGAGCGGCGUGGCUGCGCGAUCAGAAUGCGCGCACUAUCAGGGCUAUGCUUGGGACUUCCCCAGAACCAUCCGAUGUCGACUCCAGAUCUAUAUCCCUCUCGCCUUCUGAUGGACAGUUUCCGGAGGGAAGUAUGGGCGGAGAUCUAGCGUUGCAAAGGGACCGCAGGGGGAGAUACUACUACUCAUACACCGGUGGCGGAUCUGCUACCCACGACUCGGGUUACGAAGAUGGCUUCAGCUGUAAAGAUGGCCAUGAACCCUCCGCAGGUUCGUCAUCUGGUCAAGUGCGCCCUACAAGCAUGCAACUUUGCUGGCUCGCGUCACAACAACAACCGCCGGACGAGCAGAGCAUCGGGGGAUUUACUUCCGAGUGCCAGUCGUUUAACACCGCAGAUAUCCCCCCUGAACUGCUGCCAUUCGUCACUCCAACCUUGCCUCCUCCUGGUUCACUAACUACUUGCUCCGAAUGCGGUGUGUUAUUGGAUGCCAUACGCUACGUGUGCGCGAUGUGCGGAGAGAAAGAACCUGCCAGUUGUUCGUCUGGUUCUUCAACUUCUGGGAAGUAUAGAGAGAGGGAUAUGCACCCUGUCUACACCUAUCCCCCAACCGCCCAUCUCACCCCCCCUCAGGCUUCAUCUUCACCAUCAUUGCUAGAUGCACAGACUCUAGUGGGAUCGAUGUAUACCCGUGGCGAACACCACAAGCCGUUGCCUCCAUUGCCAGGUACAUCUCCGACACUUUACAGUUCUCAGGGGUUUAAUUCCAGGUUAAUACCAGAGACUACGGGCUACGAGCUUUGUUCUGGGUGUAUCGAGAGUGCUGGUAUAUACCACGCUCUUCAAGAAAGUACCCAGAGAAUGGACGACCUGAGAUUGCGGCGCAGCUCUCCUGAGGAUGCCCUAUCCUUGUGGCGGCGUUCUGCUCCUCGCCAAAAGGGACAAAUGCGACAUGCAUACUUUGAGAAAGUGUGGGGACCUCGGGGAUGGGAAGAUGUUGAGCAGGAAGAUAUGCAGUCAUCCAAGUGUUCUACCUGUAACUCCACGAUUGUGAACAAGCGUUUCAAGUGCGCGUCCUGCAAGAAAUUCAACUUGUGUCGCGCUUGCUACAAUCAGGUCCAUGACAUUCAUCCCGCACAUUCCUUCCUGAUCGUGCUAGGAAAGCCUACUCAGCCGCGGCCUGAGAUCGACGUCACGUACGUAGUGAACGGCAACAGCGGAGAACCAUCCAUGAAGCAUCCUGGAGUGAAAUGUGCCCACUGUCUGCAAGAUAUUGUCGGUGCUCGCUUUCAUUGUGCUAUCUGCGAUUCGCUUGACAUAUGCUCGAAUUGUGAGGCGGUCGGGCUGCCUGGAAACUUGGAUCCGUCGGACGGAGGGCACAUUUCUUCACAUAUCAUGAUUAAGAUACCCUAUCCUCUCGAAUCCAACGAAGUGCGGACUGCGUCGCGCCAUGCCAUCCAUCUCUGGACUGGACGUGACGCUGCUCAGGUUCUCACUGCACCUCGCUCUAAGCCUUCUUCAGUGUAUUCCUCAUAUGCUCAAACUGUUGUGGGGUCAAGGAUGCAGCUCAACCUCCAAGAUGACGUACCAGAAGAUCAUCAUAUAAACUGCAAUGGGUGUAACGAGACCAUCUUUGGAAUACGGUACCAAUGUGCGACUUGUCCGUCGCUGCCUACCCCAUACAGCUUGUGCACUACAUGUGAAGAGCGCUCUUACUUAUUGCAUGAUCCGAUGCACUCUUUCUUUAAACUGCCACGACCUGUACGAAGACCACUGGAGUCGUCCGGGGGGUUCCUUCUGAAACUUUAUAAAGUUCCAGCAGGGCCACUGGGGGGUACCGAACCGAAUGCGGACCCGAAAGAGUACUUGUCGUUUCUUGUGCACUCCGCCGCACUGUGCGAUCGCUGUAUGGAGAGAAUCCGGGGGCCGUGGUACCGUUGUGCUUACUGCGCAAAGGACCUUUGCGGGGAUUGUGAGGCAGUCGAUACUCAUGAUGUGACACAUGUCUUCGUGGUAUUCAAGGCGCCGGUUGACAUGCCUCGUUUUCGCAAAUUUGCAAACGUCGAGAAUCCAAGUGCAAGCCCUCCGCUUAUUCCCUUCCCGGUGUACUUUUAG